UCACAUAUUGUCUCAUUAAUGUGUGAAAUGUAUCCAGAGGUUAGUUUAUAUUAUCUGGCUUUAGUUGAGUGAUGGCCUGAGCUGUGUGCAGAAUUUCAUGUUCAUAUAAUGAAUUUGUAUACACAUUCCAUACCUUCCAGUUAAUGUGGGGUCAAUGUUGUUUAUGCACCUUCAGUAGACAGGCUCGCAUUAACUGCAAACCCCAAGAUCUGCAUCCAUAUCUUUCUCUAUAAGGAACUUUGUAUAGAUAUUAAUAGUAAGGGGUGGGGACCAGUUAACUGACAAAGAUUGAAGUUAUAUGUAUUUCAAACACAAGAUGGUGCCAUUGCACAGCACAUAUUCUUAGAGAAAAGAUUAAUGUUUGGAAAGCAUAGACAAGGGCAAAACAAUCUGGAAGCAAAAGGGAUACAGCUCUUCACUGCAAGAAAAUCAGGAGGAGGGAGACAGCGGCUUGCAUUUUCAGGAAUAAAUACAGAAAGGGGAAACAGCUAAGUACAACAACAUAUUUUUCUGUUGUUUGACCUGUCUUGAGUGAAUCUGGAACAAUGGAAAUGAAUAACAGGAACAGGCAAGUGACUUUUUUCUUUCUGUCUCUCUGCAUGUAUGGGGCAAUAUGCAAUUCCAUCCAAUAUUCAGUGCCAGAGGAAAAGAAAACAGGGUCCCUGGUGGCAAAUGUGCUGAAAGAUUUGAAAGUGGGUGUAAAGAACCUUUCUACUCGGAGAGCCCGGCUGGUUUCUAAGAGCUCCAAGCAGUAUUUCCAGCUGGAUCCUCAUUCUGGCAACAUGAUAUUAAAGGACAGAAUAGAUCGAGAGGUUCUGUGUGGUCAGAAUGAGCACUGUGUUCUGCUCUCUGAAAUUGUGCUGGAAGAUCCAUUGGAACUAUAUAGAAUUGAAGUUCAAAUAGAGGAUGUGAAUGAUAAUUCCCCCAAAUUCUCCAAAGAUCAAUUUAUAUUUGAAAUACCUGAGCAAACUCACAUAAAUACUGUAUUCCCUCUGGAGAGAGCUCAAGAUUCAGACAAAGGAGAAAAUACUGUUCAGAAUUACACACUUAGUCCUAAUAAAUAUUUUAGGCUGGAUGUGCAAAGUCACAGUGAUGGUACUAAAUAUGCAGACCUAGUAUUGGAGAAACCGUUAGACCGUGAGGUGGAGGCACAGCUCUCCCUAAUCCUGUCAGCGGUUGAUGGAGGAGUACCCCGCAAAACUGGAACGGCACAAAUCAUCAUUCAUGUUCUGGACAACAAUGAUAAUGCUCCUCAAUUUAAUAAAUCCGUGUACCAGGAAAAACUGAUGGAAAACAGCCCAUUGGAUACAUUAGUCACAAGAGUUGAAGCCAGAGACAAGGAUUUUGGUUCCAAUGCUCAAAUCAUUUACUCAUUCAGCCAAGUGCCAGAAAAUGUGCAGAGAUCAUUCAGGUUAAAUAAAAAUACUGGGGAACUUACUAUCUCAGGUAUAAUUGAUUAUGAAGAAAACACAAAUUAUGAGAUGAACAUCAGAGCCACAGAUGGAGGGGGCCUUUCUGCUUACUGUAAAGUCAUUGUAGAGAUUGAGGAUGAGAAUGACAAUGCUCCAGAGAUAUCAAUUGCAUCCAUCACCAGUCCCUUACCUGAGGACUCUCCCCCAGACAAAGUGGUGGCCCUCUUCAGUGUCACAGAUGUGGACUCUGGAGACAGUGGCAGAACUGCCUGCACCACUGAAGUAAACCUACCAUUUGUGCUCAAACACACGGAGAACAACUAUUAUCAGCUGGUGACCCAACAGCCACUGGACAGAGAAAAAGUCAGUGAAUAUAACAUUACUAUCACAGCCACUGACAGGGGCUCUCCUAGGCUCACUUCAACAAGAAUUAUUAAUGUUCAGAUCUCAGAUGUCAAUGACAACCCUCCAGUGUUUGAAAAGCCAUUCUAUGAAAUGCAGCUAAGAGAAAACAACAUUCCUGGUCUUCUGAUCAAUUCGGUCCAUGCUGUAGAUCUGGACACAGCGCAGAAUGCCAAAGUGACCUACUGGCUUUUGCCUGGGAAGGUCAAUGAUGGCCCCACAUCCUCUUACAUCUCCAUCAACUCUGAAACGGGGAACCUGUAUGCCAUCCGGUCUCUGGAUUAUGAGGAAGUAAAAGAUUUCCAUGUGACGGUGAGGGCUGUGGAUUCAGGUUCCCCUCCACUGAGCUCAGAAGUUACCAUCCGCGUUCAGGUCGCGGAUGAAAAUGACAAUGCCCCCUUCAUCCUCUACCCUCUCCAGAAUGGCACUUCCCCCUCGAAUGAUCUGGUUCCCCGAGGGGCAGAGACUGGCUACCUGGUCACCAAGGUGGUGGCUGUGGACAGGGAUUCUGCUCAGAACUCUUGGCUUUCCUAUCAGCUGCUGAAGGCCACAGAGCCGGGUCUCUUCACGGUGGGGGCCCAGAAUGGAGAAGUGACCACCCUGAGGCCAGUCAGCAACCGAGACGGCUUCAAGCAGAAUCUGAUUGUGGUGGUCCGAGACAACGGCCAUCCUCCCCAGUCCACCUCUGCCACGCUCAGAAUCCUUCUAGUGGACGGCUUCUCUGACCCUUAUCUGAAAAGUGUGGCUCUCCCAAAGGAGGAAACAGCGGAGGAGGAAGACCCCAGCCUGACUAUGUAUUUGAUCAUCUGCUUGGCUGCCAUCUCAAGUAUUUUUCUCAUUUCUGUAGUGGCGUUUGUUGUAAUCAAGUUGCAGAAACGUCAAAAGUUCAUAGGAACCUACAACUCUGCAGCCAAUUUCCCUGUGGGACCUGAUUCCCAGGAGAACUCUGCGGAUCCUUGUGCUGGAUCUCUAUCUCAGGCUUACAACUAUGAGGUGUGCUUAGCUGGUGGGUCUCUGAACAGCGAGUUCCGGUUUCUCAGGCCCCUGUUUCCUGUUUUCUCUGUGGAGCCUCCUAACACUCAGGUGAAUCCAAGGAGUUCCAAUGAUUCUGAGGGAGUCCCCAGUCAUACAGGUGAAAGUCAACAUGUGGUUCAGGCUAGAGCAUCUCUCUCUGAAGACUCUGCCCCCAGAUCUGGAGCCCCGGGUUGCAUUGUUAAUCAGGCAACUGGGCCAAAUAUGAACUGUGGUCAAAAUGACUGGCUUACCUAUCAAUAGAUGAAGAUGACCAACUACACCCAUCAUUCUUUCUCUGAAGACAAAUAACCAAAUGAUCAAGUCUCAUGCAAGAAACUUGACCCCUGGCCUGCAAAAAAACCGGGUCCUCUGCCUAAAAGAGAAAGAUACCAGGAAACUCUCUUGUGCAAGCAAAAUAGAAAGGAACAGAAAUGCUCUUGUGCUGUUCUCAUUCAUUUCGAUGGAGCUUAUGUAGGAGAAUGUGUAACUGGAUUGUCCACAUACAUUUACCUAGUAGACAAUUAUAUUCUGCUUUGUAGGAUUUUACAAUAGCCCCCUGCUCUUUUGGUCUAGCUGGUUAAAGAAAUGUAGGUGACUUUGUUGCAUGCUCAUUGUUGUAUUUAUUCCUUAGUUUAUUUUUAUACUAGCUUUGCUGCUUUCCUUCAAAUAUUUUCAAUGGUUAUAGCAAUUUCUCAGCAAUUCUGUUUGCUGGUUGUAAUGCAGCUGUUAGUAGUAUCCA